ACACACGUGACCCAUUGGUCAGUGCCGGUCAGAUGUCAACAUACACACCUGUAGCUGACCUGAUCUGUGGGUGGUCACAUGACGUGUAGGGGUCAUCUGAGUGAAAGAAGAACCAGAACAUACCAUGAACACAGUGCUGUAUUAUAAGAUCAAAUAUUGGUUCAUUGGUUGUGUAUUUGCCGCGUGUAACUUUAUACUUUACGAUGAUUAUCUUGGUCCACGGCCCGAGUUCAAAUCCUUCCCGGUGCGACGUGACAAGACAAACAACACGUCGCUUUAUUCUUAUUACUGGGUGUACUCCAAACAUCGAUACCCGACACCAAACAUGACGCAAGUAUCGAUUGAUUGGGAGCAUCAAAGGCGAACUAUAGAGAAGGUGUGUAGUACUAUUCAAGACUCGAACACAAAUCAUUCAGCGCGGGGGAUUCUAGCCUGGCAAAUUAUGUAUUGCCCCGUGGGUGGAGCGGCCUCCACGUUUCUCAAGAAAAUGAUGUACCAGAUUAAAAAGACAGACCCAUUCCGAUCACCAUUUGAGAUACCGUCAAAGUUCAUCCGUGAAUGUCCGAAGUGUUUCAACUAUGUCGACCUGUACAACAACACCCAGUUUGCCACCCCCGGGGAAAAAAUUAAAAACUUGAUGUUUGUACGGGACCCAUGGAGCAGACUCUUCUCCGCCUACGUCGAUAAACUCUACUCCCCCAACCCGCGGUACUGGACCAAAUGGGGCGUCCCGGCCGUCAAAAAAUUCAGACAAAAUCCUUCCGAGCUUUCCUUGAGGUGCGGCCAUGACGUCACGUUUUCAGAAUUCCUCCUGCAUCACCUGUCCCCGGGUCAAGGUCAGAUGGACGCCGACCUCCUCCCAGCAGUAGACCUGUGUCGGCCUUGCACGGUCCCCUACGACUAUAUCGGUCACACGACCGUGUUUGAAAGAGACCUGUCCUACGUCUUCACGAACUGGCUCGAUGGAAAAACCUCACAAACUGGACUCCACACUCUCGCUGAGGACUUUGUCAUCAACGAGAUUGAAGACUCGGUUUUAAGCCCCUUCCAAGAAUGGAGUGAGGCGAUAACACAGUGUAUGUCGAAGCUAAGCGCAGCGCGUCGUAUAUGGAGGAGACUCCAAUUUCGGGGAAUCAUCAGCACCAAUUUAUCUUUCCCGUCGAACAUCACUCAGCAGGUGAUCCAAGACAUGAAUGCGUACGAUUUCAUCGAUAUUUUAACCAGUGCCGCGCAGAAGUCAAGGGCGUACCAAAACCUGAGACAGCAGAAGAGGAAAGUGUACACAAAAGCGUACAUGUCUAUAAGUUCAAGUCUCAUGAACAGGAUCAACCAGGUGUAUGAUCUAGAUUUUAAGAUGUUCAAUUUUAGGCGAUGGCCAAGAGAAAGAUUAGCCAAGCAAAAUAUUUUUGAAGUUUAAACAUGGGUUUAAAAACAAGAAAGGUUGAAGCGAGAAUGAAAAUUUGAGGAUGUGAGUCUUUGAGGGUUGGUGGGCUACGUCGCAAGGGUAUUGAUGUGUGGUCGGUGGUUUUCUUUGGCGUUUACUUAAAGGAAGAAUUUGUCUUGAGAUUAGUUUGACGGCUGGAAAACGUGAAGA